GGCUGCAAAGGGUCAAAACCAUCAAGUUAAGAGUAUGGUAACACGCAUUUUACAAAUACUCUACAAUUCAUGUUUUACACACCGUGACCAGCUAAAGACGCUCUUCGUUUCUGGGGGCCCCUCUUCUCUUAAACUGCUACCUAAAAAAAGGGGCCGAGAACCGUUCAGCGAACAUUUUAAACUUCAGACUAGUGUCCCGUGAACAGCUGUCUUGAGGGUCUACGGCGGAAACUCUCCCAGACUAUUGAUGUAAAUCCCCCCCCCCCCUAACUAUGUUUUCUAAGAGUUAGCCACUGAACAUGCCGUUACUUUUUGAAACACGCCCUCUGAGCUGUGGACGAAACGGAACAAGAAAAAAAAAAAAAAAAUACAAAUAGAAAAAAAAAAAAAAAAAAGGUUUCACAGGAGACAGGCAGUGAUCGCCCCAGUGUGCAUUUUCCACCUCAUUCGAUUGCUCAGUCCACUAGAAUGUCCUGUGCCCGCCACGGUGGCCCCCUCUGAGCCCGACUGUCCAAUGAGUUUGUGUUGGGUCGGCGUGAAGAAUGAGUCCCUCGAGUCAAACGUCGGGGGAAUGGUUGGGGAGGAGGACGACUGACACUUAACUCUGGUUGCCACUUCCUUGAACACGGGGUGAAAGUCUUUGAGGUGGAUGGCCAAUGUCCUCCAUUGUCAUAAAUAUCCAACCUGCCCCCCCCCCCCAGUCGGCUGAAUGUAGGUGGGGUUAUAUAAUAGUGGGGUUGAAGCCGGCGUCCAUACACACUACAGAUCAGAGCAGGAGGAAGAGAAGGGAGUGUAUGGAGGAGAUCCAGGAGCUCGACUUUUCUUCAUGGGCUUACUUUUUUUAUUUUUUAUUUUUUAAAGGGCGGGGAGGUGACCGGUGGUCCGGGCUCAAGCGGUGUUCAAUAGGUCCUGUAUGGCUUUCUGCUGCGUCUCGUUCAGCGUCGACACGCACUGCGUCCAUAGACCCGCCGACACCUGGAGGACACGACACAACAGAUUCGUUCACUUCAUGUCCGCUCGGUUUCUUAGCAUCAACACUUUUUUUGAUGAGUCGUGCGGUAGAGGCUCACCUGUACUUGACGGAUGACGUUUGCCAGCCGCUUGCUGCACGGGUCUUCACUCUUGACCGAUUCGUUUGACACUCCGUCCGCGAUGAUAAGGAAAAUUUUAGGCAGGUUGGCGUUGUCUGGCCCGAGGGCAAUCGGGUUGUUGCUGUGGAGGGAAGACAGAAGAUUAAGAUUUGUACAAUAUAAAUGUAACAAAAAAUACAUUUAAAGAAAUUUUAGUCGCCCCGACCUUUCGAUGAGGUCGCACAGGAAGUCAAACGUGUGGACGGCCUCCUCUUUGUCCUCGUUGAGCGGCAGCCAGCUGAGCCAAUGGGGGAGGAUCUCGUUGACGUUCACGCACUCGGGCCGAAACCUCAUGACCUUUCCGACGGCGGAGAUGCAGUUCUCCGUGGCGUUGACGUUCUCUUUGGCGCGUGAGUCCGCCGCCUGGAUGACCCUCACCAUUAGGGGGAUGGCCUCUGGAUCAAAGGAAAACAAAUGCACCCGGUUAACCGAAAACAGAACGCUUGGCCAGCGGCAACACAAGUGAUGGGCGGAGCCGGAGGCCGGUACCUGUGCAGAACGGGCGGUAGCUCUCUCCUCCGUGCUGGGCCAUGACGCCGGCGCCGUAGGCGGCCGCCUGCCGGACCUCGGGGCUCGUGUCGCACAGCGACUGCAGCAUCGGCGGCAGGAAGUACUCUGCGUAUUUGAAGGAGGCCGGGCUGCAGUGCUCCACCACGUCGUCGAAGAUGCAAAGGCCCCACUGUCUGUCCGCCCACGGCCUGCUGGGACACUGAAGACGAGGUCGGUUAGUUUCUGUUGGCCUUUAAGUGACGAUAAAUAUGCACAACAUGGCUGCAGACGUACAGAAAACAGGAAGUACUCACUAUUAGCUGGACGAUGAGCUGCAGCAGCUGUUCGAACCAAGGCAGCACCUUCUCUUUGUAGCUACUGAACACCGAGUGCAGGAUGUCAGACACUUUGGUCAGGAUGUACACGUCGUUCUCAUCCUGCAGAAGAAAAAGAUAAUGAUGACUCGCACUAUAUUCUUCACGAUUUCUGACUAUUCCGAGGUCAAAAUGUUCACCUCGUCUUGUAACGAUUCCUCCACCUGCUCGUCGUAGUCUUCAUCCUGUCUCUUGGCUGUGAGGAGCAAAGAAGUGUUCGGUGAGGAUUGUGCAUAAAACGCACACACAUCUUUUAUUUGGCUGAAACAAAGGAGCUUUUUUUUUUCCAACAUUCAAAACUUAUUCUAUGGCUGGAAUGAAGUCUCACUCUGUCUGAGCUCCUGGUUCUUAAAGUGCUCCUCCAGCUUUGCUUUCAAGAUGCCGCCCAGCUCCUCGAAAUGCUCGUUGUGCAGACAGCCGUCUCCCAUCAGCUCGAUGCACUUUAGACCGAAAACAAAAACGCAGGUCACAAACCGGGCCCAGCUCCUAAAAACGGAUCCAAAUGUUAAAACACGCUGCAUGAAGUUACCUUGGCAAAGGAGUGCAUGAUCUCCGACAGGACGUCGGAGUCCGGCUCGGUGCCGAUGGCCUUGAUGAGGGCGUCGCACAUGAAGUGCCACAUCUGGGUGAGGUACUCCGGCCCUCGGACCCGCGCGCACUCCAGCAGCAGGGGCAUGGACUCGGCCGCCGCCACCCGCACACGUGAGACAGUUAAGGGGAACACCAUUGAAUCCUCAAACCCUUCAUGUACACGUAAUGCCACCAGUUAUAGCUCGGAAAAGGGGAGAAGUCACCGUCUAAAAAAGGAUAUCGUCAUGGAAGUAGAACUUGAGCAGAGGAACCAUCAGCUUCACCACCUGCUCUGUGUACUCCACGAAGCCCUCCUUCAGCUCUUUGGCGUAACACACCUGGAAAAACACAACACAGAGCAUCUCACUGACAGGGCUGAUCUCAGUCAGAUACAAGAUAAACAAGGGAUUUACAUCAAUGCUGGUUUCUCCGUAGCGGACCAGACUACUCACCAGCAUCUGGCAGGCAGUGGCCUUCUCCUCCAGGCCCGCCGUCUUGAUGCCGAAACUCUGCUGGUCUCCCAGGUUGACGAACUCCCAGCCGUCGUCCUCCGAUAUGUUCUCCAUGUCCUGGGCUACGAGGCGGCGACAGAUGCGUUCAAAUACUGCCGCUGCUUUUGCGUCUUAAAUACGGGAAACAUGUAUAUAGUACUUACUAUCGAGCAGGGCCACCUCAGGCUUGAUGGAGGCGGUCUUCAUCAGGGGGCCCAUCACCACAGGCAGGUACUGCUGAAACUCCUUCCCCAGGAUCUUGCACAUCCGGGCCCACGCAGAGAUCAUGUAGGAGAUCUAAACCGCAGCAGAACAGGGUGACUAUAUUGCAACAGCUAUAGAGAAAAAAACAGACGGUUCAAAGUUGCGUUCAAGCCUCCCCCACCUGCGGAUCGUCAUCCUCCAGGUCAUUGAAGUCCGUCUGGGUUUUGAGGAGCAGCUGCAUGACGGCGGAGGCGUCUGGCAUGAACUGGGAACAGAACAGGAAAAGAGACGCACGUGAAGAUGGCAGCCAUCUUUCAUUUUACAGAACCUCAGGGGGUAUUUUCCCCGAGCAGACGUACCUUCUCCUUGCCGACCGCCAGGCCGAUGAGGCUGAUGCACUCGAUGGUCUUGCCGCGAAGCAGCCGGAGCUCCUUCUGCACGGCGUUCUCGACGAUGUGCUUGAGCGACGGCAUGAACAGGUCGUAGUACGGCACGAACUUCUCCUCGGCCGUGUCCGCCACCGAGGCGAUGGACGUCACCACCUGCUCCAGGACCAGUUUGGUGCCCUUCUGGAUCAACUGGGGAGAAGGGAAGGCGACACGGUUAGGACUCCUGCCAGCCUGGCUGGAUUUAUUAAAAACAUAAGUAUCUAAUUGUACCUCUUGCAGCUUGGCCACCAUGAUGACGUGAAGGUGCUGCACCAAGCUGUCCAGAUACGGGAUCAGCAGGGAUUUGGGACAGUCCUCUGUGAAGUUGAUUAGGGCGGCGGCGGCGUGCGCCUGCACCCGAGGGUUACUCUGGUCCUCCAUGGUCUGAAGCAGGGCCGAGAUCACCUAAGGGGGAGGCGGAUGCAGCGUCAGAGUCCACAGUAGUAAACAGUUACAGCGUGAACCCGUCCCGCACGGAUCAUUUGUUACCUUGUCGUGGAAUUUCUUUUGGAAGGUUGGGGCAAAGUCUGUGGCCAUUUGUCCAAUGGCGUUGCAGGCAGCGUAGCGCACCCGUGGGUGCUGAGGAGGGAAAAGGAAGCCAAACUCAUUACCACCAUAUGAGAUGCUGCGUAAAGUCGUAAAAACGUAAGUAACUAAAUCCUUUCUUACAGGAUCGGAGCAGAAGAUGAGGACGAAGCUGACGAUCUCUUGGAGGAUGGCCUCCAUCUGCUGGUGGCAGCCCUCGCCGAUGGCCGACAGCGCCAUCAGCCCCGCGUGGCGGUACUUCCAGUCAGCUGGCGACAGACGCACAGGGUUGAUCUCGUUCAUGCCGAACUGAUUUUGAAUUCUGACAGUUUGAAUAGCGGCAGGUUUUACUUACGGUUCUGCAGCAUCUGCAUGAUAUGCUGUUUGAUCAUGGGCAGGAUGAUCUUUCCUCCCAGGCCACAGGCGAUUCUGUCGAGAGCGCUCUCCCCGGCCACAGCGUUACUGGAGGGGGACAAGAAAUAAAUCACUCAACACACUUUCAAACCUUUUGAGUGCUUUGUCUUUGAGGGUCCCUUAUAUCUGUGUCUUGGUGGUGAUGCACCAGGCCUUACCUGUCAAAGUCAUCGUCCUCCAGCUCAUCAGCCAUGGCCCACUCGUCAUCGUCCUCGAGGUCCACCAUCAUGGCCAGCAUCUGGGGCACUGAAGACACAGCACACGCAUAAUUACGACUGUCCAAAAAACUAUUUCGCGGACGAAACUUAUAGGGGAGCGAACGGUUAACGCUCUCCUCACCGCUCUGAGCCACGAUGACCGUGUGUUUCCUCAGCAUGGCCGCCGCCGUCUCCGAUAAAGUGACGAUGACCUCCAGCGACAACUGCCUCUGCAUGUUCGUCAGGUUGGUGUCGGCACACAGCUGAAGAGACACGGCGACACGUUGGUUCACGCGGGAGCUUACGGUCACAUCGGUGUAAUGCAAAUCGGAUGCCAAGGAAUAUUUGGCAUUCGGGUGCUCUCUGACUCACCUUCAGACAGAGCUGCAGGGUGGGCUCCAGGUUGGGCCUCAGGUAUUUGGGUGCCGUGUCCGCGAUUUCCACUAAGGACUUGAGCACAGAGUCGUCCGCCUGGUAGCACGAGUCGUUCACAGCCUGAUUGAAAACAACAGAAUAUGCGGUCAGCGUUGCAAAUGUGUUCAUUCGGCCGUGACUGCCGCAAUCUGAGGGCUCAACCUCCACCUGCCAUCAUGAGUCACAGACGGGUAACGCUCACUAAAACACUGUUGCAGUAGAUCUCUCAUCUGUAAGGCAUCUCACCUGCAGGAGGCCCGGGAGGAGGUCGGCGAAGUGCUUCAGCAGAGCCGAGUUGCUCUCGUUCGACAGAACAAAGGACGCUGCAGCGCGAGCCGCCAGGGUGCGAAUCUGAAGGAUAGUUUGCAAUAAAUACAAUGUACAGUCGUAGAAAAUCGGGAUAUUAACGGCCCUAAAUCCCGCUCGGUAUUAACGGCCCUAAAUCCCGCUCGGGGGAGCUCUUACCUGUGGGUUUGCCUGGUCCUGCAUGCACUGAACAAGCAUGCGCUUGAUAACCUCCAUAUAGUGCUGCUGCUGGUUGCCGAAGAUCCCCGGGAAGUUCCUAAAGAGGACGAGACACACAACCGUCAGCCGGCAGUGCUUACAGGCAGACGAAUCGCAUCAAUAUAUAUGUCCCAAAUAAAAGACGUGGGGUGAAGCGAGCAGAGGACUCACCAGAAUAUGUGCAGGGCAGAUUCUCGCAGGUUAACGCUGUCAGAGUUGACAGAGUCGAAGAGGAACUUGAGCACCUCGGGCCACUGGUUAUUCCCAUCGUCAUCUGGAUGAAAGACAUCACAAUCAACGAUUCAUUUUCUGAAUAAAAUAAAACCAACACUCUACAUUUGUCACAGUAAAAUGAAUCCGUUACCUAUGAGGUUGCGGGUGAGCUCGGCUGCGAUGUCGCAGACCUUCUUGCGGAUGUUGGGCGAGGUCUCCUGCUGGAUGCUGGUCAGCAGCUCCGUCUUGAUGGCUGUCUGCAUCUCCAGCGUCAGGCCCGGGUAGACCUCCUCGAAGGACGCCGACAGCAGCCGCCGCAGCAGCACCGCCGCCAUCUGUUUGACCUGAGCGCCGAUUAGAAGCCAGUUUUAUUUUACAGGUUUUCUUUGGAUUCAUUUUGCCAGUUUGUGUUUGCGGCUACCAGACAUGCACGGGAACAUUUGGUGGAAUAAAAUAUUUGAGUCGGUCAAAAAAACAAAACAACGCACCGUCACUCUCCAGGGGCCAAGCACCUAGUGCCUGCUCCCAUUUCAAGACUCUAAAAAUAUCAGCCUUGGGGUAAAGAAAAGGAGAGGGAGCAUGAGGGAACAAGCAGCUGGUGAACUCAGAGUAAACAUAACCACCCAGAUGCCAAAACCGUGACUCAUAACGAGCCAACGCGUGGUGGCCGCGCUGCAUUCGCGAGAUGCCGCGAACGUGGCAACUGUCUCAAAAGCAGAGAUACGACAGCGACGCGGACGUAGUGCUGCGUCACGUGACCUGUGACUUUGUUGGCGUUAAAAAGAGUACAAACCUCCUCUGCAGCAGAUGCAUCUCGGAUGGCCUGCAGCAAGAAUGUGAUCUUGUUCUGGCCCAGGAUGGUGUCAUAGGUCUCCUGCGAAGAAAAAGGAACAGGUCAGUGGUGCGAGUGAAACAAGACUCAUCACAAAUGCACUAUUUUAGCCCUGCGAGAAAUGUAUCUCUACCGAAACGGAUGCUGCUUCCCAGUUUAAUUCAUAUUUAUGGAUGAGGUAAUGACAUGGGUGUGGUUAUUUAAAGGCCUACGCUUCAUUCACUGGGUGUUUAUGGCGCCGACUGUAAUCUGUGUAACCUGUAGGCCUUGGAUUGUAUUAAGUGAUAAAGGAAUAAGCAGGACACGUGUACACGUAAGAGCAGUAAAUCAUAAUAAUAAAAACUUCUAGAUUUGAACAAGUUUCCAACAGACAAGUGUUAAAAAAUAACAAGGCAAAAAUAGAAGCAGCCACUAAGUUCUUAUUGCAGUUUGGACACUUCAGACCUUCGACAUCAUGGGACGCGGCUCUCACAGAGGGGGACAUUUUAAAUAAAUAAGACCGGUUGUUCUGUGCAUUUGGUUUGGUCUCGAACGCUCUCAAGCUGCCUCACAGAAGCCAUAAAAGAAACGCAAACACACACACGUGAAGGGCUGGGUGUGCGCCGAGGCGAAUGUGAUGCUGAUGGUCACUGUCGCAACAGUGUGACUGGAGAGAAACCAGAUUACUGAGUCAACACGUUGAAAUAGAAACCGUACACACAGGCUGCUCCUUCCCAAACAUGACUUCUCCCAAUAAUCUGAUUUCGUCACCAGCAUCAUCUGCCUCACAUCCACCAACAUGUGUGUAGCUUUUAGUCCAUAUCAUACUCCCAAACAGCCAAGAUGACUUUAAAACUAGCUAUUGCAAAAGCUCAAACCAAUGGUGACACUUCAUGGCUCGCCAUCCCUCACAUCAUCCCUUCAUUUGUGUGGUGGGCACCUCUAAAUGUUUAGCAGCUGUAGUCUUUAGCUGAUCAUAACAGAUGGAUCAAUUCCUAUUGUGUGUGUAAGAGUAGAAAGGGAUGGAUUCCAAUGAGCUUAGUAUCGCGGCAGACUGUCUGUGGUUCAAUAAAGAAAAGCGCUGACUGCACAGCGAGGGAUGAGCGUGAUAAGAUUCAACCACCUCAUCCAAACGAGGUGAAACUGUGGAGACAAUGCUUUUGCCGCGACAAGAGGCUCAUCGUGGUGGUGGUUGUGGGGAAAGUGAAUAGGCCAGCUCGACUCAGCCCAAACAAAUCCACUAGAGCACCUAAUCCAGUGAGAGGGGAUGAGCCGAGACGAGCCUUAACUGGUGACGUGACUGAAACGGAGUUGACAGAGCCUGCAGCAGAGUCCACACAGGUCCGGAUAGAUGAACCUGCACCAUCUCCGUCUCUGCAAAACCCCACAAAACAGCAGGAAUCGCACGCGGAGGAAUCCGAAGUGAAAGGAUCUGAGUUUGUCUCCCGCUUCAGUUUGGUGAUGGUGAACAAGUGUUUCCUGAGGACCAGAUAGAAGACUGGAUGUGGUUGUGACCAUGUUUACGUCAGGGUGGGGGGUGUGGGCCCUCUCCCCCUGCGGCCUCGUGCUGGUCCUCUGUUUGUCUGUGUGUCUGUCCCAGCAACCUCACGUCACACCGGCAGACUGCAGCAGAAAGGAGCAUCCUGUCGUCUCCUACCAAGCGUUGAGGCCGUGGAUGUCAGAGUUCUCCCAUCCAGGAGUGAAGGAUUUCUCCCAGCUGGCACUGGACCUGAGCAAACACCACCUCAUUGUGGGAGCGAGAAACUUCCUCUUCAGGCUGAGUUUGAGCAACGCCUCGCUCAUACAGGCGACAGAAUGGGCGCCCGAUGACGACACAAAGCGCUCUUGUCAGAGCAAAGGGAAGACUGAGGAGGAGUGUCAAAACUACAUCCGGGUGCUGUUGAUAAGUGGGAGGACGCUCUUUACGUGUGGGACCAAUGCUUUCACCCCAGUCUGUGUAACCAGGCAGAUUGGUAACUUCAGUCAGGUGUUGGACACGGUGAACGGCGUCGCCCGGUGUCCCUAUGACCCGCGCCACAACUCCACCGCCAUGGUAACAGAGAGAGGCGAGCUGUACGCCGCUACGGUGAUCGACUUCUCAGGACGGGACCCCGUCAUCUACAGGAGCCUGGGGAACAUCCCGCCACUGCGCACCGCCCAGUACAACUCCAAGUGGCUCAAUGAGCCUCACUUCGUGUCUGUUUAUGAGAUUGGACGAUUCGCCUACUUCUUCUUGAGGGAAACCGCGGUUGAAAACGACUGCGGCAAGAUAGUGUUCUCUCGCGUGGCCCGGGUUUGUAAGAACGACAUGGGCGGACGUUUCCUUUUGGAGGACACCUGGACCACCUUCAUGAAGGCUCGACUCAACUGCUCACGCUCGGGAGAAAUCCCCUUUUACUACAACGAGCUGCAGAGCACCUUUUACUUACCAGAGCAGGACCUGAUCUAUGGCAUCUUCACCACGAAUGUGAACAGCAUAUCAGCGUCUGCUGUCUGUGCCUUCAAUCUGAGCUCCAUCACCCAGGCCUUCAACGGACCCUUUCGCUACCAGGACAACCCCCGCACUGCCUGGCUCUCCACACCCAACCCCAUACCCAAUUUUCAGUGUGGCACCCUGGAGGAGGGAGGCCCCGGUGGGAACCUGACAGAGCGCAGCCUCCAGGACGCCCAGCGACUCUUCCUCAUGAACGAUGUGGUCCAGCCCGUCACCGUCGACCCUCUGCUCACCCAGGACAACCUGCGCUUCUCCAAGCUGGUGGUGGACAUCGUUCAGGGCCGAGACACCCUCUUCCACGUCAUGUACAUCGGCACUGAAUAUGGCACCAUCCUGAAGGCUCUCUCCACAACCAAUAAAAACCUUCAAGGCUGCUACAUGGAGGAGCUCAGGCUCCUCCCUCAAGGGCAAAUUGGACCAAUUAAGAGCCUGCAAAUCCUUCACAAUGACAGAUCUUUGAUUGUGGGACUCGAUGACAAACUGGUGAAGAUCCCAUUGGAGCGCUGCUCCAGCUAUCCAUCUGAAAGUCAGUGCAUGGAAGCUCGGGACCCUUACUGUGGCUGGGAUCACAAACAGAAGCGCUGCACCACCAUCGAGGAGAGCUCCAACAUGAACCAGUGGACCCAAAACAUCACUGAGUGCCCAGUGAGGAACCUGACACAGGAUGGCGGUUUUGGUUCGUGGGUGCCGUGGCAGCCCUGUAACCACAAUGACGGCGAGGGCUCCAUCAGCAGCUGCGUGUGUCGGUCCCGCUCGUGCGACGGCCCUCUGGCCCGGUGUGGCGGGGUCGAGUGUAAAGGCCCACUCAUCCAGGUGGCAAACUGUUCCAGGAAUGGCGGCUGGACUCCCUGGUCUUCGUGGGGCCAGUGCAGCAGCAGUUGUGGUAUCGGAUUUGAAGUGAGGCAGCGGUCCUGCAACAACCCCUCGCCUCGCCACGGUGGUCGAAUCUGCGUCGGCCAGGGUCGAGAGGAGAGGCUGUGCAAUGAGAAGAAGCCCUGUCCCCUGCCAGUGGCGUGGACAGCCUGGGCCCCCUGGGCUCACUGCAGUGCUGAAUGUGGAGGUGGGGUCCACUCCAGGACCAGGACCUGUGAGAAUGGCAACAGCUGUCCUGGAUGUUCCAUGGAGUAUAAGGCCUGUAACCUGGAGGCCUGCCCUGAGGUGCGCCGCAACACCCCCUGGACCCCCUGGAUGCCGGUCAACGUCAGCCAAGAUGGGUCCAGACAAGAGCAGAGAUUCAGGUACACCUGCCGGGCGCUGCUCCCCGACCCUCAGCAGCUCCAGCUGGGCAAGAAGAAGAUGGAGACCCGGUUCUGCCCCAAUGACGGGUCUGGAGCCUGCCAGACUGACUCUCUGGUUGAUGACUUGGUGAAGACUAGUGGGCGAACUGUGUCCCAGCCCCAAGGUGUGCGCUGGGGAUUGUGGGAAACGUGGUCCAGCUGUUCUCAGCAGUGCUCCAGAGGCUUCCGAACCCGGAAGCGUAGCUGCUCGACCGCAGAGGGCAGGACGAACCCCAGCACCUGCGUAGGAUCCCCGGUGGAGUAUCAGGACUGCAACACUCAACCGUGCCCAGUGAGCGGGGCCUGGUCCUGCUGGUCCUCCUGGUCCCAGUGCUCGUCCAGCUGUGGCGGCGGACACUACCAGCGGACUCGGACGUGCAGCAACCCACCACCUGCCAGUGGAGGAGACAUCUGUCUCGGCCUGCACACUGAAGAGGCGCUCUGUAACACACAUGCCUGUGAAAAUUGGGGUGAAUGGACGGAGUGGGGGGGCUGUGAUGAGGAGGGUCUGCAGCAUCGCACCCGUCGCUGCGAUGAGGACCAGGAGGCUGAGGCCAGUCUCUGCCAGGGUAACAUCACCCAGUCCCGGCCUUGCCAGCCUCAUGAGGUGCCAGUUAUCUUACCCGGACAAGAGGACCAGAGCUGUGGAACCUUUACUUUGUUCCAGUUAGUAGCUGUGGGCUCAGCCAGUUUCUUUGUAGCAGCUCUGCUGUCGGCACUGGCCUACACCUACUGCCACCAACUGAACCGACCGUCAGCAGAGUCAGCUGUCAUCCACCCCAGCACACCCAACCACCUCACCUACAACAAGCAGGGCAACGCCACGCCAAAGAAUGAGAAGUACAUCCCCAUGGAGUUUAAGACGCUAAACAAGAACAAUCUCCACGUCAACGAGGAGACGUGCAACCACUUCCCCUCCCCGCUGCCCUCCAGCAACAUGUUCACCACCACCUACUACCCUCCGGGCCUGGGCAAGUACGACUUCCAUCCAGACUCCCCCUGCAGGACCUACAUGCACAGCUGAGAGGAGGUCAGGCUCUAAAAAAAAACCCAACCAGUCCUCUUCACUCACCCAAACACCCACCACAAAGUGUUUCCUCAUUCAAAAGAUGCACCAAGAUGUUGAUAGAUUACCUUGUUGUUCCAGUUAAACGAGAUCUCGAAGGCUCGGUUCACCUGAAUUACACUUGUGCAUGCAGAUCAUUUCGGUUUCAGUGCCGACAGGAACUAAAAAUUACAUUCUUUAAAGAACUCUUUCCAGAACCUUCAACUUAGCAUCAUACAGUAUAUGUAGUUUUUCAUGCUUGAGUUGCACGCUCGCCUCUACAACCAGCACCUCCAGUGCAGGUGGCCCCCCUUCCUCUUACUUCAACCACCCUGAGGUGCUCUGUUUGUGAGAGCAGGGUAGGACCCAGGUAUCCAGGCCUUCAGGUGCAGUAGACUUCUUGGACAAUGCACGUGUCUGGACUUGAGAAGAGACUCAUCCGCUGGUUAACGUUUUGGGGAUUAUCCUUUCCCUCAUUCUCAGCAGGUGGGUUCAGCGGACUCUCUAAUACUGUAAAAUAUUUUACUGGACACAUAAGUGUGGGGUUGACAUCAGUUAAGACUGAUAUCUGUGAUACAAACUUUUCUCUCAGCAGAUUUUAUGAAUUAUUUGAGGUGUGUUCACAGAUUUCACUGAGUGUAUAAUUAUUUCAUAUUGUAAACAUAUGGGGCAUGUUUGUUUUGGCAGUCACGCUCAUAUUUCCUGGAUGUUAUUACAUUAAGGUUAUUGUUUCAUAAAUCACCAAAAAAUAUUACAUGGCUAUUUUCAGAGCCGCUCACCAUAAAUCAGCCACAGCGUUCCCAGCUGCAGAGCCGUGCAACACAAAGGUAACUCAGCGAUGUGAUGGAUGAACUCGCUCAAGCAGGUUUCAAGUCUGCAUAUUGUUUUUUUUUUAUAGUUUACUGAAGUGGCUGCCAAAAUGCUAAAUAACACGUUUUUUUUCCAAUUAAGAAGCAUGUUGGAUUAUAACAAUGUUUUUUUCUUACAUUUCUGAAUACAAAUAAUAAUGUGUAAACACAUUAUGUGGCUCUCACAGUCCAAAAACAUGCAGGCUAGGUGAACUAGUUAUAGUUGCUCAUAGAUGUGAAUGUGAGUGAACGGCUGCCUGUACGAGGUAACGUUACUGGUGCUUGUAUAGAUGUGUUUUUCACAUUUCUGUGGAUUAUGAAGGCAUUAUGCGUGACAAAUUCUGCAAUGCUUAUUUAGGGGUCAGUCAUUUCAGAAUGAUUUCCAAGAAGUAUCCUGGAAGAAACAAUGUAAUGUGGUAGAAAUAACAGGGAAAUCCAAAGUAAAUCAAUUUAAAAUCACUUUUUUUCUUUAUUAUCAGCAUCGUUGUUCUCCGUAUAUGUUAAAUAUGCUUGACUGUCAAUACAUUUGACUGAAAUGCUCCAAACAUCUUGGGAAUUAUUCAGAAAUUACAGACAAAAUAUAACAUUUCUACAAGUUUCACUGCUAAAAACAAACAGCCCAGAGUAGUCGGCUCAUUACUCAGUACAGGAUUGCUAAUAUUUAAGUUACUCCGUGCUGUAAAAUGUAUAUUGCAUAUCUUGAGUUCCUAAAUUGUAAAUACCAAGAACUGGGUGUUUCUCACCAUCUGCAGUGUUAUGUAGCAUGAAACAAACAGCCCUGAUGAUGUGUGUCCACCUCUGGGUGCUUGCGAUUAAGUGACUGCAUGCGCUGACUCACUUACAUGAGCAUACAGUACAUGUGUGUGUGUGUGUAAACUGUACAAAUAUGUUUGUAUGUAUUUGGCCUGGACAAUGGGGAUAUUCAUUUUUAAAUUGUCACCCUGUGCUGUGACAGGAAAAGGUUGUGUUUUGUAUUUAAAGACCUUCGUCAACGGA